AUGAGAAUCCACACUGGGGAAAAACCAUACAGCUGUGAUGUUUGUGAGAAGACAUUUUCACAGAGAAGCGACCUUGUAACACAUAUGAGAAUCCACACUGGGGAAAAACCAUACAGAUGUGAUGUUUGUGAGAGGACAUUUUCACAGUCAAGCAACCUUGUAACACAUAUGAGAAUCCACACUGGGGAAAAACCAUACAGAUGUGAUGUUUGUGAGAAGACAUUUUCACAGUCAAGCAGCCUAGUAUCACAUAAGAAAAUACACACUGGGGAAAAACCAUACAGGUGUGAUGUUUGUGAGAAGACAUUUUCAAAGUCAAGCAACCUUGUAACACAUACGAGAAUCCACACUGCGGAAAAACCAUACAGAUGUGAUGUUUGUGAGAAGACAUUUUCAAAGUCAAGUGACCUUGUAACACAUAUGAGAAUCCACACUGGGGAAAAACCAUACAGAUGUGAUGUUUGUGAGAAGACAUUUUCACAGUCAAGCGACCUUGUAACACAUAUGAGAAUCCACACUGGAGAGAAUCCAUUUGAAUGUGACCAGUGUGGAAUGGAAUUCAAACAAUCUAGUAAUCUCCAUCGACAUAUGAGAAUCCACACUGGGGAAAAACCAUACCGAUGUGAUGUUUGUGAGAAGACAUUUUCACAGUCAAGCGACCUUGUAACACAUAUGAGAAUCCACACUGGGGAAAAACCAUACAGAUGUGAUGUUUGUGAGAAAACAUUUUCACGGUCAAGCAGCCUAGUAUCACAUAUGAGAAUCCACACUGGGGAAAAACCAUACAGAUGUGAUGUUUGUGAGAAGACAUUUUCAAGGUCAAGCAGCCUAGUAUCACAUAUGAGAAUCCACACUGGGGAAAAACCAUACAGAUGUGAUGUUUGUGAGAAGACAUUUUCACAGUCAAGCGACCUUGUAACACAUAUGAGAAUCCACACUGGGGAAAAACCAUACAGAUGUGAUGUUUGUGAGAAAACAUUUUCACAGUCAAGCAGCCUAGUAUCACAUAUGAGAAUCCACACUGGGGAAAAACCAUACAGAUGUGAUGUUUGUGAGAAAACAUUUUUAUGGUCAAGCAGCCUAGUAUCACAUAUGAGAAUCCACACUGGGGAAAAACCAUACAGAUGUGAUGUUUGUGAGAAGACAUUUUCAAGGUCAAGCCAGCUUGUGACACACAUGAGAAUCCACACUUGAGUGAAUCCAUUUGAAUGUCAACAGUGUGGGAAGGAAUAUAGACAAUCUGGUAGACUUCAUCAACAUAUGAAAAUUCACAGAUGUGAUGUUUGUGAGAAGACAUUUUCACGGUCAAGCAGCCUAGUAUCACAUAUGAGAAUCCACACUGGUGAGAAGUCAUAUGAGUGUGACCAAUGUGGGAAAACUUUCUUUGAAUCAUUCAGUCUCAAUAAACACAUGAGAAUUCACUUCUGGCACAGACUGUAUGAGUGUGGCCAUUGUGAAAAGUUUUUUAGAGCAUCCCAGGAACUCUCCAGUCACUACAGAACGCACACAGAAGACAAACCAUACAACUGUAACCAGUGUGGGAAGGAAUUCAAACAAUCUAGUCAUCUCCAUCGACAUAUGAGAAUCCACACUGGGGUAAAACCAUACAGAUGUGAUGUUUGUGAGAAGACAUUUUCACAGUCAAACGACCUUGUAACACAUAUGAGAAUCCACACUGGAGAGAAACCAUUUGAAUGUGACCAGUGUGGAAUGGAAUUCAAACAAUCUAGUCAUCUCCAUCAACAUAUGAGAAUCCACACUGGGGAAAAUCCAUACAGAUGUGAUGUUUGUGAGAAGACAUUUUCACAGUCAAGCAGCCUAGUAUCACAUAAGAAAAUACACACUGGGGAAAAACCAUACAGGUGUGAUGUUUGUGAGAAGACAUUUUCACAGUCAAGCAACCUUGUAACACAUAUGAGAAUCCACACUGGGGAAAAACCAUACAGCUGUGAUGUUUGUGAGAAGACAUUUUCACAGACAAGCGACCUUGUAACACAUAUGAGAAUCCACACUGGGGAAAAACCAUACAGAUGUGAUGUUUGUGAGAAGACAUUUUCACGGUCAAGCGACCUUGUAACACAUAUGAGAAUCCACACUGGGGAAAAACCAUACAGAUGUGAUUUUUGUGAGAAGACAUUUUCACAGUCAAGCAGCCUAGUAUCACAUAAGAAAAUACACACUGGGGAAAAACCAUACAGGUGUGAUGUUUGUGAGAAGACAUUUUCACAGUCAAGCAACCUUGUAACACAUAUGAGAAUCCACACUGGGGAAAAACCAUACAGGUGUGAUGUUUGUGAGAAGACAUUUUCACGGUCAAGCGACCUUGUAACACAUAUGAGAAUCCACACUGGGGAAAAACCAUACAGAUGUGAUUUUUGUGAGAAGACAUUUUCACAGUCAAGCAGCCUAGUAUCACAUAUGAGAAUCCACACUGGGGAAAAACCAUACAGAUGUGAUGAUUGUGAGAAGACAUUUUCACAGUCAAGCAGCCUAGUAUCACAUAUGAGAAUCCACACUGGGGAAAAACCAUACAGAUGUGUUGUUUGUGAGAAAACUUUUUCAAGGUCAAGCCACCUUGUGACACAUAUGAGAAUCCACACGUGA